CAGUUGUAAAUAGUGAAAGGAACAAUGUUUACCAAUUGUACAUAAUAAUUUCAAACUUAACGAUAUAUUCAGAAUAACUUUAAAAUGUCUAGGAUAGUUUUCUUUGCUGCUCUCUGUUCGGCAUUAAGUAUACUGACUCAAACAUUUGCUAACCAGACCAUAGAAAUAGAAAUGCAGAAACUCAGAUUGUCAGGAAAAGUGGAGAAAACUUUUUUUAAGAACGAAGAUUAUUUUACAUUUAUAGGCAUACCAUAUGCUACACCACCUACUGGCAAAUUAAGAUUUAAGCCACCUGUGCCGUUUACGGGUUGGAAAGGAACAUAUGAAGCUUACAACAACAAACCCACAUGUUUACAAUACAGUUCUAGAAUGCGAAUAGGGGAACCUUUCGGGAUAUCUGGUGAGGAAGAUUGUCUUUAUCUCAGCGUCUUCACUCCGAACUUACAAGGCUCUAAACCCGUCGUUGUGUUUGAUUACAAUGAUAACUUUAGAACUGGAUUCAAUGGAACUGAUACAUACUCUCCUAUAUUUUUUAUGGAGGAAGAUGUCCUUGUUGUUACAAUUAACCAUCGUUUCGGUUUAAUGGGAUAUUUAUCUACUGACGACGAAGUUAUAAUUGGUAAUAAUGGAAUAAGAGAUUUUAUUCUUGGAUUACAAUGGAUACAAGAAAAUAUAAAAUAUUUUGGUGGUGACCCGAAUCGAGUAACAUUAAUGGGCAAUAGAGGUGGUGCAAUAUUAGCUAAUAUACUAAUGUAUAGUAAACAGGCAAAAGGCUUAUUUCAUAGUAUUAUCAUGCAAAGUGGAACUGCGAUGGAAAGUAUAUUUUUUGCGCAAAAUUCAAAAACUGUCGCCUUUAAACUUGCUGAACUUGUAAAUAUAACAGCUGAAGAUAGUUCUUCAUUAUUGAAAGAAUUUCAAAAUAUAGACGUUAACAAGUUAUUAGCGAAAGAAGCAGAUGCGAUAAAUAAUGAUGCUAUGGAAAAAUAUCAGCUUAGCUCCGUUCCAUAUUCACCGGUUAUAGAAACAGAAAACCAUGAUCCUGUAAUAACAUCGCUCCCAGAAAUUAACACAAUUAUUAACGAUGUUCCUAUAUUAAUAGGGUUCAAUUCUAGAGAAGGUCUCGAUUUAGCUUCACAUUAUAUUUUCGAGCCUCGUUUAGUGACGGAUCUAGGACAAGAUUUUUUCUUUCAGUUUCCUAUAAGAUCUGGAUUCAGAUUUGAUCGCAAGAGUUCCACAUUUAAAGAAGCUAUAAAAGAAAUCAAACAUUUCUAUUUUGAAGACGGUGAUAUGCAUUACAAUAAUAUUCUAGAGUAUGCAGUAUAUAUCGGCGACGUGCUACAAGAUUACGCCAUAAAUUAUGCUGCAAGGAAAUUAGCUACUGAUCUCAAAUCUCCUGUAUUUUAUUACAUGUUUGAUUAUGCUGGGUUUCUAAAUGAAAAUACUUUAUACAUAUCUGACCAUGCUAGAUCGAGUAUAGAAAAUUGGGGUGCUACUAUUACUGAUGAAAUAUGUUAUUUACAUAUGUGUUCUCGGAUCAUCAACAAUUAUAAACAUUUAAAUAAUCUAAUAAGCGAACAACCUGAAAUUAGAGUGUUAAAGAAAAUGGUUCGUAUGUGGACGAAUUUCGCCAAAACGAGUAAUCCGACACCUUCAAAAGAAGACAAAUUGUUAAAAGGCUUUAUUUGGCAGCCUGUGGCCAAAGAUAGCGACAGUACGAACUAUUUGCACAUCAAUAAAGCGCUACGUAUGAAACAGAACCCUUUGGGUGAACGAGAACAAUUCUGGGAUCAAUUUCUGGCGAAAUAUUCUCAAAUGGCAGUUGAUGGAUUAGUACAAUCCGAUACAAGAGUCCGUGAAGAUUUAUGAUGUCUGUCAAGAAUCCAAUAAUAAGCCAUUCUGAAUAAAUUUAGAGUAUAAUAGAGAAAUAUAUUAUAAAAAUAAGUUAUCAAUUAUAUUAA